UACCGCGAAACACAAAACGUCAAAACACCUGCCAUUUUCUUUUCUUUUUUAAAAAUGAAUUCAAAGUUAGUAUCAGUUCUAUUGGCAUACUGCCUAUUCUACUAUUUGAGCGGGGCUGAAGGUUCGUUUAUAAAACCUAAUAAUGUGCCAAGGGUUGGCAGAAGUAACGAAGAAAUGAACCCGUUUGACCAAGGAUCUAUGGGUUACGUUAUCAAAACGAAUAAGAAUAUACCACGCAUGGGCAGAAGGAAUUUCGACUCGGAAAACCGCUAUGACAUACCUAAGUUUUAUCAGCUUCCUUCAGAAAAGUUUGAUGUUUAUGAAGGUGAACAACAAGAAUAUAAUCAAAUUCCGAUAGAAGCCUUCUAUCCCAAACAAAUGGAAAACCUAAGACGGUAAUUUAAGACGAAAAAUAACGUGAAAUAGUAUAGAUUGUCAAGUUUUGAGCUGUUCGUUUUAGUAGUAGUUAAGUUGAAUAAAUAAAAAAUCAAUUUUAGCAUGCAUGCAAA